AUGCCAAGCGACGACAUGGGUAUCAAAAGAACCAGCACGUCGUUCUCUACCAGCCCCACACCUCAGCCACUUCCAACCUUCGUCUGGAUCGCCGGAAAAAGCAAGAAAUUGGCCGGUUUUUACCCAAAAUCUCUAUUGCUUGUUCAGGUGAUUCCGGCUACCAAUUUCUUCGAUCUAGGUAUAGGUCUUGACCAGUGGUUUGAAGAUUUUCUGAUCACAAGAAUCGCUUUGGACACCUACGCACUGCUGGCUCGUGUGGCAGUGCGUAGGCCACUUUGUGGCUGGUCUUUAGGUUCUAAAAUAAUCCCCGUAUCGUCCAGUUCAAAAUUGGUUAUUGUUUGA